CAUCACCUGCCCAAUCAGGCCAUCUAAUUUUAUUGGCCUACAGUCUACUUUUCCAAGAGGCCAUGGAAGUAUAAAUAAUAAAGCAAGAAAAGAAGAUCCAUUUGGCUGGCUGCAUAGAUUUCUUCUGAAUGUACUGACAAUCUCCAAGAAAAAUGAACCCCUUGCUGGGCCUGGGCCUGCUUCUGGCUGGCCUCCUUACUGUGGAAGGUCUUCUGAAGCCGAACUUCUCUCCAGAGAAUCAUGAAGCUGUGAGUCAGGGCCAAGGAGGGAAGGGAAAGGGGACAGCUCAGGAGCUUGCAAAGCGCAACGCAGACUUUGGACUCAAGCUGUUUAAGAAACUGUCUUUCCACACCCCUGACAAUAACAUCAUCUUCUCCCCCUGGAGCAUCUCUAUGGCCUUCUCCAUGCUAUCUCUGGGGGCCCAGGACUCCACCCUGGCUGAGAUCAAGGAGGGCUUCAACUUCAGGAGCAUCCCUGAGAAAGACCUCCAUGAAGGCUUCCAUUACCUCAUCCGCAGGCUGAAUCAGAGGAACCAGGACCACAGGUUGGGACUCGGGAAUGCCUUGUUUAUUGACCAGAAGGUAAAGCCCCAGCAGAAGUUUCUGACAGAAAUCAAGAACAUGUAUGAGGCAGACAUCAUCCCCACCAACUUCCGGAACUCAGAAAAUGCUCAGAAGCAGAUCAAUAACUACGUCAGUCAGAAAACCCAGGGGAAAGUCGACAACCUAGUCAAGAACGUAGACCCUGGCACUGUGAUGCUUCUUAUCAACUAUAUUUUCUUUCGAGCCAGGUGGCAACAUGAGUUUGACCCAAAGGAAACAAAAGAGGACGAUUUCCUUCUGGACAGAAACAAGACCGUGAAGGUGCCCAUGAUGUUCCAUGUGGGCAUGUAUAAAGUGGGGCGUGAUGACCAGCUGUCCUGCACUGUCCUGGAAAUGCCCUACCAGAGUGACUUCAGGGCCAUCUUUGUUCUUCCUGAUGAGGGCAAAAUGAAGCAAGUGGAGGAAGCCCUGGGGCUGGACACUUUUGACAGAUGGCAAAAGUUACUCGUACGAAGGGUCGCAGAUGUGUUUGUGCCCAGAUUGACCAUCACCAGUAACUACGACCUGAAGAAGAUGCUUUCCCACCUGGGCAUCAGCAAAAUCUUUGAGGAACACGGUGAUCUCACCAGGAUCUCCCCUCAUCGAAACCUGAAAGUGGGUGAGGCGGUGCACAAGGCUACCCUGAAGAUAGAUGAGAAGGGCACAGAGGGGGCUGCGGGCUCCGGAGUGCAGACACUGCCCAUGGAGACGCCAAUUCAGGUCAAGAUAAACCACCGCUUCCUGCUGAUGAUCUGGGAGACUAAAAUGAAUAACCUGCUCUUCUUUGGAAAGAUUGUUAAUCCUUCUGGGAGAUAAGGCAGAAACCCGACUUCCUGCAGACCCCAGCUAUGUCCUGGGGUUGGAUGCGCUUUGUCUCCUUGAGACCACAGGGACUGUCUCAUCUCAUCUCACAUUAUCCUGAGCUCUCCACACCACCAUCCAAAGAGGCAGCACCACUGGCUUCUGGGCACCAUUUCCCCCCUUAGCCCCCUUACCACCCAUUCAAAUUUCAGGAUUAGACGCCUCAUCCCCACCCAGUUGAUAGUAACCUUCUCCUCCGCCCCUGGUAGGCAGAGGGGUUUUGUGAUUUAAUAAACAAUACUCCCAAGA